AUGUCGGAUCCCCAGAAGUACACAGUCGGCUGGAUUUGUGCCGUCACCACCGAAUUUGUCGCCGCGCGAGCCUUCUUUAACGAAAAACACGACCAACUCGAAACAAUCGCCGAUAAUGACAACAAUACUUAUGCUCUGGGGAAAAUCGGGAAGCACAACGUUGUCAUGGCCGUCUUGCCUAAGUCCGAGUAUGGCACGACCUCCGCCGCCACUGUGGCAAGGGACAUGUUGCGCAGCUUUCCAAAUAUUCGUUUCGGAUUGAUGGUUGGCAUCGGCGGUGGUGUCCCAAGCGCAAAGCACGAUAUACGCCUUGGCGAUAUUGUAGUGAGUGCCCGCGGCAAUGGAAAAGGCGGCGUGUUUCAAUAUGACUAUGGCAAAGCAAUUCAGGAGCAUGCGUUCGUGACGACAGGAUCCUUAAACCAGCCGCCACAGUUGCUUCUGACAGCAUUGAGCGGACUCGAGGCUGAAUACGAGUUGGAAGGGCACCAGCUCAGCGCCCACAUUGAUAGGGCAUUGGAACAAUGGCCCCGCCUACGACAGAAGUAUUCUCGGCCACCCCCAGCCAGCGAUAGACUCUACCGAUCCGACGUUGUCCAUCCGGACUCGUCAGACGAAUGCGGUGACGUGUGCAGCGACGAUCCCGUUUGUCUGGUGGAUCGAAAAGAACGGAGCGAGCAGGAGGAUAACCCUGCUAUCCAUUAUGGGUUGGUCGCCAGCGCAAAUCAGUUGAUGAAGGAUGCACUUGCUCGGGACAAGCUGGCGGCUAGUAUGGAUGUCCUGUGUUUCGAGAUGGAGGCGGCCGGCUUGAUGAACCAUUUUCCGUGUUUAGUGAUCCGCGGAAUAUGCGACUACUCCGACUCGCACAAGAACAAGGAGUGGCAGGGCUUUGCGGCAAUGAUGGCGGCGGCGUACGCGAAGGAUCUCCUACACCAGAUCCCUCCCAGCAAGGUCGAGGCUGAGAAGCGUAUUAGCAAAAUCCUCAGUUCUAUCGAAUCCGCGGGAAAUGAGACCAAACAUGCGGUGAUGAGCAUGGCAUCUGACCACCACUUCGCCAAAAUCGAGCGAUGGCUGUCCCCCCCAGAUUAUUCAACUAAUGCCAACUUGGCAAGAAAACGCCGUCAUCCUGGCACUGGGUCCUGGCUUCUAAAGAGUCCCGCCUUCCAGGAAUGGAAACUUGGAGCACGUCAACACCUGUGGCUCUACGGUCUGGCAGGAUGUGGCAAGACCGUUCUAAGUACGACGAUUCUGGAUCAUCUUCUGCAAAUAGACACCUGCACCACGCUUGCCUUCUUCUUCGACUUUAGCGAUACCAGGAAACAGAAACUGGAGGAUCUCCUACGCUCGCUGGCAGUUCAGCUUUAUUAUACCGGGAACGAAGCCGCAAGAAGACUUGAUAGUCUUUUCACUUCCCACAAUGAUGGAGGAAGGCAGCCCGAUACAACUGCCUUGUCAGCCUAUGUCGACACAAUGGUACAAAUCACCGAAAAGGUUGUUAUCGUCCUCGAUGCUUUGGACGAGUGUACGACAAAAGGAGAACUUCUGGGUUGGAUAAAUAGUAUGGCGUCCAGUAACGCCCAGCUUAUUGUGACCGGCCGUCCAGAAGCGGACUUCCAACGCGAGAUCCCUGACUCGUUUGAUGAGUUUAACUGUAUCCUACUCGACAAGAUGGCCGUCAACGCCGACAUCCACUCCUACGUUACAGCAACGCUUGAAAAUAAGCCCGAUUUCGUCAAGAAGGAGUUAUCUCUGGGUAUCCUACUGGAAAUUCGUGACAAAAUUGGAGAUGGAGCCGACGGGAUGUUCAGAUGGGCUGCUUGUCAAUUAGAGAGCCUCGCUAGAUGCCUGAGCCCUGCAGCCAUCAAGACGACUCUAGAAUCUCUCCCCCGUGAUCUAAAUGAGACAUAUUACCGCAUGCUCCAGGACAUACCGUCGGAAUAUAAGAGCGGCGCGAUUCGGCUUCUGCAGUUUCUCGUCUACACCAAGAGGCCUCUGACGCUAGCAGAGGCCAUCGAAGUGAUAGCUACGGAAAUAGAUCGAGAGCCUCUGGGCUUCGAUGUUAACGGCAGACUAUGUCAAGAAGCUGACGUUCUACGAUACUGCCCCAGCUUGGUGAUAAUCGCCAAAGUCACAGACUACGCUGGGACCGUAGAGGAACUUCAUCUGGCCCAUUUCUCUGUCAAAGAGUAUCUUCUUGAGCAAGCCCAAUUCAGCCUCGAAAACGCCAGCAUUGCCAUCUCUAAAACUUGCUUGACGUACCUUAACGAUGCCAGGAGCAGUCACAGCACGAUCAGACGUGAUUUUCCAAUGGCACGGUAUGCAGCAGAGUCCUGGAUGGGCUACGCCGUUUCGGCCGGGACUUCUGAAGACAUCGUUCGAACCACGGUUAGCUUUUUACGAGACGAGACAACAUUUCAACGGUGGUGUCGAUUGUAUCAGGCCGACCGCUGGUGGAUCGAUGAACCAGGACCUGCUAGGGCAUCCAAAUUGUAUUAUGCUUGCCUGGGUGGACUUAUAAAGGCUGUGGGGAAUCUGAUUACAGAGGGAGCGAAUGUCAAUGCGAAAGGCGGCAACUACGGCAAUGCCCUGCAGGCUGCCUCAUAUGAAGGUCACCGAGAGGUUAUACAACUACUGCUAGACAAGGGGGCGGAUGUCAACGCACAGGGCGGCAAGUACGGCAAUGCUCUGCAGGCUGCCUCAUCUAAGGGCAAGCUAGAGGUUAUGCAACUACUGCUAGACAAGGGAGCGGAUGUCAACGCGCAAGGAGGCGAGUACAGCAAUGCUUUCUAUGCUGCCUCAUAUGAAGGCAGACUGGAGGUUAUGCAACUACUGCUAGAUAAGGGAGCGGAUAUCAAUGCACAGGGAGGCGAGUACGGCAACGCUCUACAGGCUGCCUCGUCUAAGGGCAAACUGGAAGUUGUGCAACUACUGCUAGACAAGGGAGCGGAGGUCAACGUGCAGGGCGGCUUAUACGGCAAUGCUCUACAGGCUGCCUCACAUCACGACUAUCGAGAUAUUAUGCAACUAUUAUUAGACAAAGGAGCAGAUAUCAACGCGCAGGGCGGUUUAUACAGCAAUGCUCUGCAGGCUGCCUCAUCUAAGGGCAAACUGGAAGUUGUGCAACUACUGCUAGACAAGGGAGCGGAUGUCAACGCGCAGGGCGGCGAGUAUGGCAAUGCUCUACAGGCUGCCUCACAUCACAACCACCGAGAUAUUGUGCAACUGCUAUUAGACAAAGGGGCCGAUAUCAACGCGCAGGGAGGCGAGUACGGCAAUGCUCUAUAUGCUGCCUUAGUUGAGGGCAACCUAGAGGUUAUGCAACUACUGCUAGAUAAGGGAGCGGAUGUCAACGCACAGGGCGGCGAGUAUGGCAAUGCUCUACAGGCCGCCUCUUUCCUCAGCGACCUAGAGGUCGUGCAAUUACUGCUGGAUAAUGGAGCGGAUGUCAACGCGCAGGGCAGCAAGUACGGCAAUGCUCUACAGGCUGCCUCAUAUUUCAGCAACCUAGAGGUUAUACAACUACUGCUAGAUAAGGAAGCGGAUGUCAACGCGCAGGGCGGCAAGUACGGCAAUGCUCUACAGGCUGCCUCAUAUUUCAGCAACCUAGAGGUUAUACAACUACUGCUAGACAAGGGAGCCGAUGUCAACGCACAGGGCGGCGAGUAUGGCAAUGCUCUACAGGCUGCCAUAAUUCACCACCAUCAGGAGGUCAUGGAACUGCUAUUAGACGAGAGAGCCGAUAUCAAUGCGCAGGGAGGCGAGUAUGGCAAUGCUCUAUAUACUGCCUUAGUUGAGGGCAACCUAGAGGCCAUGCAACUACUACUAGAUAAGGAAGCGGAUGUCAACGCACAGGGCAGCAAGUACGGCAAUGCUCUACAGGUCGCCUCUUUCCUCAGCAACCUAGAUGUCGUGCAAUUGCUACUAGAUAAAGGAGUGGAUGUCAACGCACAGGGCAGCAAGUACGGCAAUGCUCUACAGGCCGCCUCUUUCCUCAGCAACCUAGAGGUUGUGCAACUACUGCUAGACAAGGGAGCGGAGGUCAACGCGCAGGGCGGCUUAUACGGCAAUGCUCUACAGGCUGCCUCAUUUUGCGGCAACCUAGAGAUUGUACAACUACUGCUAGAUAAGGGAGCCGAUGUCGACGCGCAGACUUUGCAGGCUGCCUUAUAUGGCGGGAACCCCGAGAUCGUGCAAUUACUUAAUCUGAACGGCGCCAAGAUGGUAUCCAGGAAGCGAUCUAGCUCGAAAAACGUCAGGGAACGAACGAAGUUACCUCGGCUUUAG